UUCUACCACCAUCAUGGUCUAAGCGUUCGACAUGGUCGAAGACCGUCGGACGGGAAAUAGACACUGCAAAAGCGCACAGUAACGGUGUUCAAAGCACUGGAUGCGUGAGCAGUUACCCAUGAAUGUGAUCGGCAACUACACACGCUCGUCGGCGGCGUCCUCGCACUCGGGGAGGGGCUUCGAUCAGGGGCCGAUCUGCCCCCACGUCCAGCCUACGCCGCUGCAGCAACAUUGCUCGCAUUCCCACCCACUCGAUGGUACCCUCAGUGGGCCCCGCUGGAUGCUUUCCACUGAAGGACGUCCUGUACGACUGCGAGUGCAUCGGUGCCACCCCGCCCCUAUAACUCAAGGGGCAGCACUGCUGCAGCAGUACUUUCCCCUGGCGCUCCGAAUGUGCCGUCGUGCCGCCAAUCCCUCCCCCACUCUACAUUGCUGCCCGCGACGAGCACGCUCGGAGUGUCAUUCUCGAUGCUCCUGGGGCCCGCAUGAGCACGCGCAAUCAGCAUCUAUGCCGUCGGGCGUCCGCGGACACCGCGGAUGCUCGCGACAAGGGUGUUCGAGCAUUGCGAUGCGCAAGCGUUGCUCGCCGGAAUCAAUCACGCCCGAUCCUCGGCGACGUCGAGCGUGGGGGCUUCGAUCGGGGAUCGCGUCCGUGACGAGGAGAAUGUGUGGUGAAGGUGCCCAUAGCACGCCACCAGCUUCCCCCCCCCCCCCCCGCCCCUCUAUCAGUACGUAUGGCUGCCCGAGCCCUCUGGAGAUGCACGGUCUCCGUCCCUUCACACAGGCUCGAUCACGUACAGCCCAGCUGCCUGCGAAGAAACGUAGGGCUAUCCAAAAUUCAAUGUGCAUUAUUCCAUUCACCAUCACUGGUAUACCAACCCAUCCGUCAACGACCCAUCCUUGCCCAUCAAUUUUACAAGGACCUGCUGCAAGACAGCUCAACGGACAUCACCCCUCAUGCCUCCCGCGAUGCUGGUCGUUGGCGCUCAAGCGCGUCUGGAUGGCGCCUGCGUGGCUUUUGCGGAGAUGGCAUCGAACAAACGGCUGCAACUCCCGGGCUGACUCAAUCGCCCUGUCUAUGCGCUUCUGGGAAAAUGUCGCCGACGUCGACCCCUCUAUUUGCGGGUGC